GUUCAGUGACAUUCAGUGACGUGGCCAUAGAUUUCUCACAGGAAGAAUGGGAAUUCCUGGACUCAGCUCAGAGGGACCUAUACAGGGAUGUGAUGUGGGAGAAUUAUAGCAACUUCAUUUCACUAGGACCUUCCAUUUCUAAACCAGAUGUGAUUACAUUAUUGGAUGAAGGAAAGGAGCCCUGGAUAGUUGUGAGGGAAGGGACAAGAAGACACUACCCCGAUUUGGAGUCCAAAUGCAAGACUGAUACUUUAUCUCCAGAAAAGGAUAUUUAUGAAAUAUAUUCAUUCCAGUGGGAGGUAAUGGAAAGAAUUAAAAGCUAUAGCCUUCAGGACUCCAUUUUUAGAAAUGAUUGGGACUGCAAAAGCAAGAUUGAGGGGCAGAAGGUACCACAAGAGGGAUAUUUUGGGCAAGUGAAAAUUACUUCUGAAAAAAUGACCACUUACAAAAAGCAUAAUUUUUUUGCUGAAUAUCAGAGAGUUCAUAAUGGAGAAAAGAUAUAUGAAUGUAAGGAAUGUAGGAAGACCUUUAUUCGUCGUUCAACACUUAGUCAACACCUGAGAAUUCAUACUGGUGAGAAACCUUAUAAAUGUAAGGAAUGUGGGCAGGCUUUUAGACAGCGUGCACACCUUAUUCGACAUCACAAACUUCAUACUGGUGAGAAACCCUAUGAAUGUAAGGAAUGUGGGAAGGCCUUUACAGUGCUCCAAGAACUUACUCAACAUCAGAGACUUCAUACUGGUGAAAAGCCCUAUGAAUGUAAAGAAUGUGGAAAGGCCUUUCGAGUACAUCAGCAACUUGCUCGACAUCAGAGAAUUCACACUGGUGAGAAACCCUAUGAAUGUAAAGCGUGUGGGAAGACCUUUAGGCAGUGUACACACCUUACUCGACAUCAGAGACUUCAUACUGCUGAGAAGCUCUAUGAAUGUAAGGAAUGUGGGAAAGCCUUCGUAUGUAGUCCAGACCUUAGAGUACAUCAGAAAAUUCAUUUUGGUGAGAAGCCCUAUGAAUGUAAGGAAUGUGGAAAGGCGUUUAGAAUAUGCCAACAACUUACUGUCCAUCAAAGUAUUCAUACUGGUGAGAAACCCUAUGAAUGUAAGGAAUGUGGGAAGACCUUUAGGUUAAGACAACAACUUGUUCGCCAUCAGAGAAUUCAUACUCGUGAGAAACCCUAUGAAUGUAUGGAAUGUUGGAAGACCUUUAGUAGUUACUCACAACUUAUUUCACAUCAGAGUAUUCAUAUUGGUGAGAGACCGUAUGAAUGUGAAGAAUGUGGGAAGGCCUUCAGGCUGCUCUCACAACUUACUCAACAUCAGAGUAUUCAUACUGGUGAGAAACCUUAUGAAUGUAAGGAAUGUAGAAAACCUUUUAGACUGCUCUCACAACUUACUCAACAUCAGAGUAUUCAUACUGGUGAGAAACCCUAUGAUUGUAAGGAAUGUGGAAAGGCUUUUAGACUUUAUUCAUUUCUUACUCAACACCAGAGAAUUCAUACAGGUGAAAAACCUUACAAAUGUAAGGAAUGUAAGAAGGCCUUUAGACAGCAUUCACACCUUACUCAACAUCAGAAAAUACAUAGUGGGAUUUAAUACAAGAAAGCCUUCAAAUGUAUAUUAUGUUACAGAAUAUCAGAAAAUUCAUUUUUGAGAAAAUUUGUUUCAUGCUCACAUUUAAGCAUAAGAAAUUUUAUAUUAUAGAACAAAAGUGUUGCUCUAAAAGCCUUCCUUCAUUCAAACAUUUUUUAUCUCCAGCAAAUUUAUGAGAGAAUAAUACAAUGAAUAUAGGAAAAUCAUUAGCUUUGUCAUUAUUUCCAUUUCACCAGUUUAUUAUCAGUGUGUUAUUGGACAAGGUACUUACAUUUCUGUGCCUCAUUUUACUCACUUGUAAAAUGGUGAUAAUAGUACCUAUAUAUAUUAUUUAUUGCUGUGUAAUAAAUUACGACAACUUGAUAGCUUAAAAUAGUACACAUUUAUUAUCUCACAAUUUCUAUGGGUCAGGAGCCUGGGCAUAACUUAGUUGGGUCUUCUGUUUCAGGGUCUCUCACAGGCUAAAAUCAAAGUUUUAGCUGGGGCUGGGUCUCAUCUGAAGGCUCAACUGGGGAAGGGAUCUACUUCCAACCUCACAUGGUUGUUGGCUAAAUUCAUUUUCUUGAGGGCUAUUUCACUGAUGUUCUCAGUUUCUAACUGGCUGAAGGCUGACCUCAGUUCCUUGCCACAUGGGCCUCUUCAACAUGGCUGCUUACUUCAUCAAAGUUUGCAAGCCAAGAAGGCAAUAGAGUCUGCUAGCAUCGUAGAAGUUAUAGUCUUGUGUAGUCUUAUCACUGAAGUAAGAGUUCCUCACUUUUGCUGUCUUCUACUGGCUAGAAGCAAAUUACUGGGUUGCCCCACAUUCAAGGGAAGAGGAUUACACAAUAGUGUGAAUAGUAGGAGGCAGGGACCAUUGGGCCAAUUCACAGCCUGCUACACUGUGUAAUAGAAUUGUUGUAGGAUUAAAUAGUUACUACUUGGAAAAAUAGCCACAUAGCAUGUUUUCUGUAAAUAUCUAUAAUUGUUAUCAUCAUUAGUAUUAGUGAAUUCAUAUGCAAGGAAUGUCCCAUAGAAGUAAAUGUAGAAAAGCCUACUGUCACUCACUGCUCAGUACUUAACUAAAUUUAAGAUAAUUUAUUCUGGGUAAAAUCUAGGAGGUUAUAUUUAAUGUGAGUUUUUCAACACUUGAGAUGCAUCAGAAAUUUCAUGCUGAAAACCUUAUGAAUUUCAUGAAUAUGAAGUUGAGAGUACAACUGUUGACGAAUCAAAGAGAUACAUGAAAUUAUUUUCCCAUAAUUCCCAAAAGUAAAUGGUUUCUAAUCCUUAUUGUCUGAGUAUCAUUCAAGAUUAAUUAGAAACUAUCAAAACGAUGGCAAAAAGGAAACUUGGAAAUGUAAUUGUGUGUGCAUGUUUGUGUGUAUGUUUGUGUGUGUAUAAAACUCUUGUAUAAAAGAAGGAAAACAUAAUUUCAUUACAGUCAAUGUACUUUUUGAUGCUCAAGUUUCCCUAUCUCCAACCGUGUAAGUUGGGUCUUUGGACAUGACCCCAGUAGUAGUUAGAUAGUUUACUCAGUUAUGGCUGUAUAAUUUGGUCAGCUAUGCAUGAUGCUUGGGCACCAACUCAUCAUUCUGAAAAUUGGUAAAUAAGGGGGGGAAAUAAUUUAUUUUGCUUUUGCCAUGUGAACCAAAUUUCAUGGCCACCAAAAGCUCACUAAUUAAAGUGUUUUGUUUUUUUAAAAAUUAACCAGUAAGUAUAGAGAUUGAUAGGAUUAGAAAAAAAAAAUCACCAUUUUCUAGUUCCCUGUUGGAAUAAUGGGUCCAAAAAAUGAUCUUCAAUUGCUAUUAAAACUAUUAGGUGAAAGAUUUUAUAGUGAGAACAUUGUAGUGAAUUUAUCAAGCUGACCACCUCUGAGCCCUUUGAUCAAUUUUAACCCCUAUAAAAGUGGGACUAUCAGACAGUAUGCACUUCCUGAUAUAAUGCAGUAGGAAGUACACACCACUACUUACAAAGCUUUAUUGCCAAAAUUAUAAACUGAAGGAAUCAAAUAUUUAAGUCAAAUUCUUUGAAACCAAGAAUUUGGGGAAUAGAUGAACAAAGGUAAAUGGCACCACAAGGAAGCAUCCAGAAGGUGCAAAAUUUUGCAAAACAAACAACCAGCUUUCUUUAACUGAGUGGCAUGGAAAAGAAGGGACAUGGUUAACAUAUAAAAAGAGACUUAAGAGACAUGUCAACUAAAUUCAGUCUCUGGGCAUUACUUGGACCUAGUUUGAACAAAAUGUAAAAAGACAUUUUGGAGACAGUUGGGUAAAGGUGGACAAACACCGCAUAUUAGAUGAUAUUUAGACAUAAUAAUUGAAAAAUUAAAAAGUAAAAA